CAAUCAAAACGGUGUACUUAGAGACAAUAACCAAAACACACUAUUUUUUUCCUAAAUCCCACUCACCAUUUUCUCCAAAACUCUCUCUUUUAUCAUAUUUUUUCUCACUUUUUCACAAUCUAAAUAUCUUGUCUACCACCACCACCACCGCUCUUAAUCUCCUCUCUCUAGUAACCUUCAUUACUAAAACCCUAACCUCAACCCCAGAACUCUCCCAUUCUUCUUUUCAUCUUCAAAACUCACUCGAAUUUCACACAGUUUCCCAACCAUUCAAGACCCUAAAUAAAAAGUUCAUUCCAAAAAGCAGACGACAGCGAAUCCGAUGAAGUCGGAGCAUAUAAGUACGAAAUAGACGAGGAAUUGGACAACAAAAAGGACUAUGACCUGGAUUAUGAUCCCUCAGGCGUUGCUAGUGGUGGAGAUGAGGUAAUGACUUAGGAGUUAUGCCUCUGGCUCCAUAUUGCUCCACUUUACUACCUUGAUAUCUGUUACCAUAUAAAUCCAACAUGAAACCGAACCUGCCUUUAGUUAUAACCACCAUACUUAACUUCAAAAUACCUAAUUUCGUGAUCAGAUUUCAAUGAGUUCUUGUAUGGAUUAUUGUGAUUGUUAUUGAUAAAUAUAUGAGACCGGCGAUGAUCUUACCAAAUUAUAAACUGGGUAUUGUUUAUAGUGUUAAGGUUUGAUACGAUUAAAAAGGGUUGUGGAGGGUGCAUGAGAAUUUUAAGGAGGAAAAGAUUAAUGUUGAAGUUGUUGUGCUGGUGGUUGAGAUGGUGGAUUGGAGAUUAUUAGGGUUUAGAGUCGCUGCUGUCAUUGCCGGAGAUGGAUUGUAUGUCAUUCGUGGAGCUGGAUUAUAGAAGUUGUUCCUGUUGAAUUGAUUUAGACAAAAUGGUGUGUUUUAUUGCAAUUAAUUUGCCGACUUGUCUUUUCUUUUCUUUUUUCAAAUUUUACCUCCGAUGCCACGUCUGCAUACACUAGCCAAAUUUUUCAUUAAACAUCACCGGAAUCCCAAAAUGGAAAAUAAAAUGAAAGAAUGGUAAUUGUUGUAUAAUUUUUAAUAGAAUUGGACAAUUUAGAAAAAUUGUCCAAACCUCAGGAAUUUUUACGUUAUUAGGCCUAAUAAUAAUAAUAAUAAUACACUAUGAGGUUUUACUUUGUAGGGCCUUCCUUUAACGCUACCCGAAAGGAACUAGAAGUAACAUUUUCUCUGAUCGCCAGCCGUUAACCAAGUCAAUCAAAUCUGCUUCUUGCGCUCCUAAGUAUAUGACCUUUUGCCUUUUUCUGCUUUUCGGUUUUAUCGAUCCUUCUUCCAUUCUAUCACUUGAAUUUGUAAAUCCGGCUCGCUCCCGGCUCCGUGUCCUUUGGAAUUAUUAUUUUUAUUAUUAUUAUUAGUAGUAUUAUUAUUGAUGAUGCAGCUAUCAUUAACAAAGAAAAGAAAAGCUUAUAGAUGCAAACAAAUCAAUUUAUAAAGACAAUUAAUCGAAUCUAAUUUGUGGUAUGAGGAUACACGAAAAUGGCUGCCAUCUCCACAGGCAUUAUAAAUUUGUGAUAUCCUGAGGUGCAGCUUUUAAAAGUAAAAUCAAUUAAAAGCUGUCUCUCUUACUCUCUAUCUAUUAGCAUUGCUUCACCUUAUCUUCUUCAUGGAACACCUACACCAAUUUCCCUUUUUCCCUGCCUUCUUCUGCUUCCUUCUGUUCAUCUUUGUUAUUCAGAGUAAAAGGACAAAAUCAGAAGUCAGCAACUCGUCUUCGAAGUUACCUCCAGGGCCAAGAAAGCUACCUAUUAUAGGCAACAUGCUCCAGCUCAUUGGUUCUCUACUUCAUCAUCGUCUAAGAGAUUUAGCCACCCAAUAUGGCCCCGUAAUGCACCUUCAGCUCGGCGAAGUUUCAAAUUUUGUCAUUUCUUCGCCUGAAGCUGCAAGAGAAGUGAUGAAAACUCAUGACAUUAGCUUUGCUCAAAGACCCUUUGUGCUUGCAGCAAGUAUUGUCAUGUAUAAUUUCAAAGACAUUGUUUUUGCACCUUAUGGAGAUCAAUGGAGGCAGCUACGAAAAAUCUGUAUUCUUGAACUAUUAAGCCUAAAACGUGUUCAAUCAUUCAGAUCAGUUCGAGAAGAAGAGGUAUUGUUUCUUGUCAACUCCAUUUCUUCAAAUGCAGGGUCACCUAUCAAUCUUGGUAAGAUGGUGCUUUCUUUAUCUAGCACUCUUACUUUAAGAAAUGCUUUUGGUAAGUUUUGCAAGCAGAAGGAUGAAUUUGUACCACUUGUUAAGAAAAUUCUUCUGAUGUUAGAAGGUUUCAGUGUUGCGGAUACCUUUCCUUCCUUUAAAUUUCUUCAUGGUCUGACUGGGAUCAGGCGUAAACUAGAAAGGCUGCAUCAAGAAGCAGAUACAAUUCUUGAAAAUAUAAUCAAAGAACAUAGAGACAAUAAAGCAUCAGGUAGAAGUGAUAUGAAAAGCGAAGCAGUGGAUCUUGUGGAUGUCCUUUUGAAUCUUCACGACCAUGGCAACCUUGAAUUCCCUUUCACAACUGACAACAUCAAAGCAGUCAUGCUAGACUUGUUUAUUGCUGGAACUGAGUCAUCAUCUGGAAUAAUAGAAUGGGCAAUGGCAGAAAUGAUUAAAAAUUCAAGAGUGCUGGGAAAAGCACAAGAAGAGGUGAGGCAAAUCUUUAAUAAAAAACAAUGUAUAAUAGAUGAAACGGGCCUUCAAGAAUUGAAAUACUUAAAACUAGUUAUCAAAGAAACAUUGAGAUUACAUCCUCCUGCUCCACUGCUUCUUCCGAGAGAAUGUAGAGAGAAAGUAGAAGUUUGUGGAUAUGAAAUACCAGUCAACGCUAAAGUUAUUGUUAAUGCAUGGGCCAUCGGCAGAGAUCCUCGUUAUUGGAAUGAAGCUGAGAAGUUUUUUCCAGAGAGAUUUUUGGAUAAUUCAAUCGACUAUAAAGGGAAUGACUUUGAAUUCAUUCCAUUUGGUGCUGGAAGGAGAAUGUGUCCUGGUAUAUCAUAUGGUAUGGCUGUUAUAGAGCUAUCACUUGCAAAUUUGUUAUACCAUUUUGAUUGGAAACUCCCUGAUGGUAUGGAACCUAAGGACUUUGACAUGUCUGAAUCUUUUGGAGUUACGGCUAGAAAGAAGAAUGAGCUCUUCUUGAUUCCCAUUCCGUACCAACCUUAAUUAACCAGUCAAUAAAAUUCAAUAAAAAAAUUGAUACUA